UUCAGCCGCUCUCAGCUGCUGCUGGCUUUCUGGCUGCUGCUGUGUUUGUAGGCUGUAGUACCUACCUACAAAUUUAGCGAUGAGCGCCCGAAGUCGCGCAUUUUUAUGACUAAAACGUUAACUCUUGAUUAACGAAAAAACUUAUAAAGGCGCAAUGGAUGCCUUAAAACAGCCUGUUGAGGAAGGAAAUGGUGACGCCGGUCACGUAUUGGAGAAUCCCUUCGAGCUGGACGACCCAGCAUUUGACGAAGUCGAUGUGCACAUACAAGAAAACCUUGAAGAUGAAUUUAUCCAAGAAGCAUUGCAAUCGGGCAUGGACCUGAGGCAGUACUCGCUUCAGGUUGAAAAAGACCUCAAAGAAGUUGAGAAUGCUUCCAUCCAAGACUAUAUCAAGGAGAGUGUCAACAUUGCAAGUCUUCACAACCAAAUAGCAGCCUGUGAUCAAAUACUCGAGCGAAUGGAGAACAUGUUGAAGACGUUCCAGGAGGAUUUGGGCAGCAUAAGUCAUGAAAUCCUGACACUUCAGCAACAGUCAGUGUCAAUGAACCUUCGUCUGAAGAACAGACAGGCUGUUCGAGGUGAACUGAGUCAGUUUGUUGAUGACAUCAUCGUGCCUGAAAGCAUGAUACUGAACAUCCUCGAGACACCUGUUACGGAAAAAGAGUUUCUGGAACAGCUCUAUGUUCUGGAUCACAAAAUCUCCUUUGUCAAGGAGCAGUCCUUCAAGGACUCCAGGUCAUGUCAAGACGUCAGGGACAUACUCGAGAAGCUUAAGCUGAAGGCCAUUGGAAAGAUUCGGGAGUACUUGCUGCAGAAGGUGUACUUGUUUCGCAAGCCCAUGACAAACUACCAGGUGCCACAGAAUGCCAUGCUGAAGCACAAGUUCUUCUACCAGUUCCUCAUGACACACGAGAGGGAAGUGGCUCGAGAGAUUCGAGACGAGUAUGUAGAUACAAUGGGCAAAAUUCUAUUCUCCUACUUCAAAACGUACACAAACCGGCUGAUGAAACUUCAGUAUGAAGAAGUUCCUGAAAAGGAUGACUUGAUGGGUGUGGAAGAUACUACAAAAAGGAGCCUGUUCAGCUCAAAACCAUCACUAAAGAAUAAAUCCACAGUGUUUACAGUGGGAAGUCGCAACAAUGUCCUCACCACGGAAUUGGAGAGUCCCAUCAUUGUGCCCCAUGCUGCCCAGAAGAAUGAAGUUAGGUACCCCUUUGAAAGUCUGUUCAGAAGUCAGCAGUACGCACUGCUUGACAACGCUUGCCGUGAAUACCUCUUUGUCACCGAGUUCUUCAUGGUGUCGGGCCCUGCAGCUCAAGAGCUCUUCAAUUCGAUCAUGAACAGGACUUUGACCAUGUUUGUGAAACAUGUGGAACUCUAUGUACAAGAUUGCUACGAUUCCAUAGCACUGUUCCUCUGCAUUCACAUAAUACACCGUUUUCAAAUACUGAUGAACGAGAGAUCUGUACCUGCACUGGAUAGGUACUGGGAGUCUUUGCUACAACAUCUCUACCCAAGGUUUGAGUACAUUCUCAAACUCAACAUUCAAAGCAUCAGGGACUGUGACCCUCAGAAACUGGGGAGCAUUGACAUGCGACCGCAUUAUAUUACCAGGAGAUAUGCCGAGUUCUCUGCUGCCAUUGUCAGCAUCAACGAGAACUUUCCCAGUGAUCGCGUAGCUAUGCUGCUGGCAUCUCUGCAAGGAGAAGUUGAGAACUUCAUCCUGAAGAUGGCGGCAGAAUUUCAAGGAAGAAAGGAGCAACUUAUUUUUCUCAUCAACAAUUACGACAUGAUGCUGAGUGUGCUGCUGGAGCGGACAAAAGAGGACUAAGAGACCGAGAGCUUCAAGGAGCUGCUUCAGGCUCGCACACAGGAGUACGUGGAGGAGAUCCUGGCUCCCCAUUUUGGCGGCAUGAUCAGCUUCGUCAAGGAGUGCGAGCUGCUCCAGGAGAGGGGCCAGGCCGACCAGAUGCAGAAGGAAGAGAAAAAAGUAGCCAUGCUUAUACGUUCAUUCAACUCGGGGUGGAAGAAGGCCAUUGAUGACAUCAACCAGGAUAUUAUGCAGACCUUUACAAAUUUCAAGAAUGGCACCAACAUCUUGCAGGCAGCUCUGAUGCAGCUAAUUCAGUACUACCACCGGUUCCAGAAGGUUCUAAGCCAAGCCCCGUUCAAGCAGCUCACGGUUCGCUCUGAACUCCUGAACAUUCACCACCUCAUGGUGGAGGUGAAAAAAUACAAGCCAAACUUCUGAGCGACAUGAGACAAGGCUGGAAGUGUACAUAGUUUAGCUCGCAGUGUGCAGUAGAUAGCAUGUUUCUUUCUAUUAUAUAUAUAUAUAUAUAUAUAUAUAUAUAUAUAUAUAUAUAUAUAUAUAUAUACAGUUUUUUCCAUGUGUGAGAAAUAGAAGAAACUGACCAUUCCACAGAUGCUAGCCUAACACUCAUUGUCAUAAGGAAGUAUUAAAUUAUUGUUAACCAAGUG